UAAAAACAAGGUACUACCAACAACUGCAACACAUCAGAAAAGCACCUCUCUCUUCAAUCUUAUCUUCAUACCCUUUCUCUCUCUAGAAAUUUUUAUUUUAAAUAAAAAAAUUUAAUAUUUUUUCCUGCUUCUUUCUGUCUUGUAUUGUAUGUAUAACACAAUUACAGACAACACCCUCAAGAAAUGGAAGAAAAAUGGAAGCUUUUAAAGAAGAGUUCACACACACCACUCAUCCUCUCUGUCUCUCUAAUGGCCCAUUUGGACCAAAAAAAUGCAUGUAAAAAAAAAAAGUCUUGAAAGAUGAGAGAGAAGGAAAGAAAUGAUAGAGAGAGAAAGAGGGAAGGUGUCUUCAAAUUCUAACCAAACCCACCUCACACACACAGUCACCCACACACACACACACAAAAACAAAUCUCACACACACACACAUACAUAUACACAGACCAAUUAAUUAUCAUUUUCUUCCACAAAUACCCUUCUGCAAACCCCCAAAAUUCUCCAUCUUCAUCACUCCAUUGUCCACCAAACCAAUGGAUAUGUGUGGGCUUUUUGGGCAUUUUUAUUUGGUCAGUUUCAUCAACAUCAACAGAGAAAACAGGAAAAGCAAGAACCUUCACCUUCUCUCCCCCACACCCAUUAAUCUUUCUUUUAAAGACUUUCUUCCCCACACCCCUCUUCUUCUUUCUCCUCUUAUCUACCUUUCAAGACUCCAUUUUUAUUCAAUAUUUUUCAUCAAAAUUGCAUCUUUUGUAUCUUUUCUAACUGGGAUUUUCAAGAAAGUUGAGAUCUCAUGAGUAAGAAGAUGAAAGGGGUUGCUUUUGAUCCGUCUCCUUAUGAGGAUGUUAGGGCAAGAUUUAAGCACCAAACCCUUGUUCAAGAUUUUCUUGAGUUGCAACAGGAAACAGAGGCUGCAAGAAACCAAUUGGAGGCAAUGAAGCAAAAGAAACAAACUUUAGAAGCUGAAGUUAGGUUCUUGAGGCGUCGACGCAAAUUUUUAUUGAAAGUGAGAUCAUCAACUUCACAAGAAGUGAUUUUACCGAAUAUAGAAACAACCCAAUACAGGAAAAGCAAGAAGGAGAAGGUUAAUAACCCGAAGAAGGGUGCGCCUUUGACGAAUUUGCCCCCGACUCCAAACGUAAUCCAGAGGGGGAAAAUGUAUACCAAGAAGAAAAACAUUACUAAUAAUGAACUACCUAACGCGGUUAACUUGGGAAGAAAUGUAAAUUUGUAUGGUGUCGAUCUAAACCAAAGGGUUAUAGGGAACAAUUCGUUUCCAGCGACCGAAUUUGUUCAGAAAGAAAACGGUGUUAGUGGUGAGAAACCGUUGGUUCAAGCGCGUGCUCCUAUAUUCGACUUGAACCAGAUAUCAAUGGAAGAAGAAGAAGUGCAAGAGAGCUUUGACGAUCAAAGAAAAGAACAACAGAAUGAUUUAAUGCUAUCGGUUUGUAGGAACGUUGGCGAUGGUUCAACGAAUCGAUCAGGGAAGAGGAAGAUCUCAUGGCAAGAUCCUGUGGCUUUGCGCGUAUGAACCAAAGGUUAAUUAGACGGAUUAGGUUAAUCCAUAAUUAUAUACUUCAAGACAAAGACUAUGAUCUUGAGUUGGUAAUCGGUUUCGGUUGUGGUUAUGUUGAUAUUUUUUUUUAUAGUAAGUUUAUGGUUUUAAACAAGUUUGUGUAAAUAAAGGUUUGUGGGAUUACUGAUUUUUAUUUACUUUUUACAAUUUAUGACAAGACAGUAUGAAAUUAUGAAUGAUGAA